AUGGAGGAUCCCGAUCUCAAAAAGUGUAGAUUAAGCGGUGUUACGGUGGAUGACGUCAUCGAGCAAGUGAUGCCUUACAUAACCGAGUCGAAAGAUCGAGAUUGCGCUUCUCUGGUGUGUCGGAGAUGGUUCAAGAUUGAUUCCGAUACUAGGGAGCACGUCACGAUGGCUCUGUGCUACACGGCGACUCCUGAUCGUUUGUCCCGGAGGUUUCCGAAUUUGAGGUCGCUCAAGCUUAAAGGGAAGCCACGAGCUGCUAUGUUCAAUCUGAUUCCUGAGAACUGGGGAGGUUAUGUUACUCCUUGGGUUAAUGAGAUUGCUCUCUCUUUGAGGCAGCUUAAAUCUGUGCAUUUCCGGAGGAUGAUUGUUAGCGAUUUGGAUCUGGAUGUUCUUGCUAGGUCGAGAUCAGAUGAACUCGAGGCUUUGAAGCUUGAUAAGUGCUCUGGUUUCUCUACUGAUGGGCUCUUGAGCAUCGUUAAACACUGCAGGAAAAUAAAAACAUUUUUAAUGGAAGAGAGUUCUUUUGUUGAAAAGGAUGGUAAGUGGCUUCAUGAGCUUGCUCAGAACAACACAUCUCUUGAGGUAUUAAAUUUCUACAUGACGGAGUUUGCCAAAAUCAGCCCCAAAGACUUGGAAAGCAUAGCUAGAAAUUGCCGGAAUCUGAGUUCUGUGAAGGUUGGUGACUUUGAGAUUUUGGAACUGGUUGGCUUCUUUAAAGCUGCAGCUAACCUUGAAGAAUUUUGUGGUGGCUCCUUGAAUGAGGAUAUUGGAAGACCUGAGAAAUACAUGAAUCUGAGUUUCCCCCGAAAACUAAGUCGCUUAGGCCUCUCUUACUUGGGACCUAAUGAAAUGCCAAUACUAUUCCCAUUCGCCGCUCAAAUCCGGAAACUGGAUUUGCUUUAUGCAUUGUUGGAAACUGAAGAUCAUUGUACGCUAAUCCAAAAGUGUCCUAAUUUGGAAGUUCUCGAGACUAGGAAUGUAAUUGGAGAUAGGGGUCUAGAAGUUCUUGCACAGUAUUGUAAGCAGUUGAAGCGGUUGAGGAUUGAGCGGGGUGCAGAUGAACAAGGAAUGGAGGACGAAGAAGGCUUAGUCUCACAAAGAGGAUUAAUCGCUUUGGCUCAGGGCUGCCAGGAGCUAGAAUACAUGGCUGUGUACGUCUCAGACAUAACCAACGAAUCUCUUGAAAGCAUAGGCACAUAUCUUAAAAACCUCUGCGACUUCCGCCUUGUCUUACUCGACCGGGAAGAGACAAUAACAGAUUUGCCACUGGACAAUGGAGUCCGAUCCCUCUUGAUCGGAUGCAAGAAACUCAGGCGGUUUGCAUUCUAUGUCAGACAAGGAGGCUUAACCGACGUAGGCUUAAGCUAUAUCGGGCAGUACAGUCCAAACGUGAGAUGGAUGCUUCUCGGUUACGUAGGUGAAUCAGACGAAGGUCUAAUGGAAUUCUCAAGAGGUUGUCCGAGUCUACAGAAGCUAGAGAUGAGAGGUUGUUGCUUCAGCGAGCGAGCAAUCGCUGCAGCGGUAAUGAAAAUACCUUCGCUGAGAUACCUGUGGGUACAAGGUUACAGAGCAUCGAUGACGGGACAAGAUCUGAUGGCGAUGGCUCGACCGUACUGGAACAUAGAGCUGAUUCCGUCUAGAAGAGUACCGGAAGUGAAUCAACAAGGAGAGGUAAGAGAGAUGGAGCAUCCGGCUCAUAUAUUGGCAUACUACUCAUUGGCUGGUCAGAGAACAGAUUGUCCACCAACCGUUAGAGUCCUCAAGUAG